AUGUCAUCCCAGAACCAGUCAAGUGUUCUUCAUGAAUUCAAGGGGAUCCUCUUUUCUACUAAGUCUUCUGAAGAACUUCUAAGUUCCCUGGAUUCUUUCAAUGCAAGAGAAGAUGAUGUGUUUCUGGUUUCCUAUCCAAAAUCUGGCACUCAUUGGAUUGCAAAGGUCAUUGAGAACAUUCCCAACGCUGGAAUUACUCUAACAUCUCCAAUUGAAUUGGGAGACAUUUCUAAAUUUGAAGAGCUAAAAACGUGUUGUAAGAGAAGAGUUAUUCCAACACAUUUGAGCUAUAACAUGCUACCAAUGGAUAUUAAACAAAAGCAAUGCAAGAUUAUCUACAUCAUCAGGAAUCCAAAAGACACAGCUGUUUCUUUAUUCCACUACUACAGAGAUAACCCUAAUCUCCCUGACAUUGAAACCUGGGCUGCAUUUUUAGAGCUAUUCCUAAAAGGAAAUGUUGUGUAUGGAUCCUGGUUUGAUCAUGUUUUAAGCUGGGAAGACCACAAAAAUAAUAAAAACAUUCUAUUUAUAUUCUAUGAAGAAAUGAAGAAAGAUCUUUCUAAAAGCAUAAAGAAAAUAACUACUUUCCUUGGCAUGAAUGUGAGUGAAGGUGAAAUUAAUCAGAUUGCUGGGAAUUCAUCAUUCAGGGAAAUGAAAAAUAAUGCAGCCAAAGAAAACUGUGAUCCAGAAAAGACCAUCUGUGCACUCACAUCUAAUAGGAGCCUGGUAUUUAGGAAAGGAGCAGUGGGUGAUUGGACAAACUACUUUACUUCAAAGCAGAAGAGAGUAUUUGAUGAACUGUUUGCAGAGAAAAUGAAGCACAGUGAACUAGCAAGACACUUUGAAGAUUACUCUUAA